AUGCUCUUGAUGACCAAUCCCAUCCAUCCUAUUCCUCCCUCUACACUUCCCUCACCCAAUAUUCAUCUUCUCAUAGAUUUAUUGCUCAAAACAAUAUUAACAUCUCUAGCUUUUUUAUCCGUACAUACCUGCCACGGCGCGUGUGAUCCACUGGAUCGCGACUCGCUGGCCUCGUUCAAUCUAAGCCUCUCGUUCGCACCCCCGCUCGGUUGGGAUCCUCCGCUCGACUGCUGUGAUUGGGAAGGAAUCACCUGUGACAGCUCGGGCCGGGUGAUCGGCCUGUGGCUUCCCUCGAGAGGCCUUUCUGGUAACAUACCUCAAUCCCUUACCAACCUCACUAGACUCACCCAACUCAGCCUCUCUCACAACUGGCUAUCGGGCCCUUUACCGGCCCGUUUUUUCGAGCUCUUAAACCAACUGCAGGUUGUCGACCUGAGCCGUAACCGUUUAAUCGGUGAGGUGGCCGAAUCGGACGAACUUCCCUCCACUCUGCGGAUAUUCAAUUUAUCGAGCAAUCACUUUCGCGGCACGAUCGAAGGCUCGUUUCUCGCGAAAGCGGCAAAUUUGGAGACUUUCGAUGUCAGCAACAACAGUUUUAUCGGGACAAUCCCGACGAUUGUCUGCGGGUUCUCACGAUGGAUCCAACGGCUCGAUUUUUCGAACAAUGACUUUACGGGCACUUUAGGCUCGGGUUUUGGUCAGUGCACGAACUUACAGAGCCUCAGGGCUGGAUUCAAUAAUCUAUCAGGCGGGGUGCCACCGGACAUUUACCAAUUAUCGACACUGGAGGAAUUGUACUUGCCUGGGAACCACUUUGCGGGUCCCAUCGACCCGCGGGUCGUCAGUCUCGGUGGGCUUAGAAUCCUCGCGCUCUUCGGCAACGAGCUGGCGGGUCCAAUCCCCGAACAAAUCGGGCAGCUUAACAGACUGGAACAGCUGCAGCUUCACAUAAACAAAUUAAACGGCACGAUACCAGCCUCGCUGGCCAACUGCACGAACCUGACCGUGCUGAACUUGAGGGUCAACCUGCUGGAGGGGGAGCUCGACUCUUUUAACUUCUCAACAUUCGUGCAGCUAAAACUGGUCGACCUCGGGAAUAAUUUUUUCCGAGGCGGACUACCGAGGUCACUCUUCACGUGCAGGACGUUGACAGCUGUUCGUCUCGCGACCAACAACUUGUCGGGCGAGAUUUUGCCCGAGAUAGGAUCUCUCCAGUCUCUCUCAUUCCUCUCCAUAUCCAACAACAGUCUAACAAAUCUGACGAACGCGAUUAGAAUCCUCAAGGGCUGCACGAGUCUGAGCACGUUGAUACUGUCCAAAAAUUUCUACAAUGAGUCACUGUCUGAUGAGGAGACCUUGAUCGGUUUUCAGAAUAUCAAGGUAUUGGGUUUUGGCGGUUGCAAUGUCUCGGGCCCGAUCCCUACGUGGAUACGCCAGCUGGUAAAGCUUGAGGUUAUUGAUUUAUCGUUUAACUUUUUCACGGGCCAAGUGCCAACCUGGUUUGGGAGCCUGCCGAACCUUUUUUACUUGGAUUUGUCGCAUAAUCUUCUCACGGGGUAUUUCCCGCUUGAGCUUAUCCAGAUGAGGAAAUUGUCGUAUCAGCAGAAUUCGAAUGAAGUUGGGAGCACGACUCUGGAGCUGCCCGUGUUUGUGAAGCCUGAUAACGCCUCCAAUCAGCAGUACAACCAGCUCUCGAAUUUACCGCCGGCCAUAUAUCUCAAUAACAACAGCUUAACUGGCACUAUACCAGUCAAGAUUGGUCAGUUAAAGUUCAUAAUCGACCUGGAUCUUAGCAACAACAAUUUUACUGGCAUUAUUCCCGACACAAUAUCUAACCUCACAAAUUUAGAGAAAUUGGAUCUUUCCGGAAACAACCUCACCGGUCAAAUCCCAGCAUCGCUAAGGAAUCUCCAUUUCCUUUCCUUCUUUAGCGUCGCACACAAUGACCUCGAGGGCCCGGUGCCCAUCGGUGGUCAGUUCGACACAUUCCCAGUCUCGAGCUUCGAAGGAAAUCCGAGGCUUUGUGGUCGGAUUUUGCAGCGUCCGUGCAAUAAUAAUCAGUCGGGCAAUACGAGGAAUCCGAGAAGCGUGAAAAGGAAGAGGAAGAGAACCAUUAUAUUAACACUUGUUAUAUCCUCGGCCAUUUUCACCCUGAUUCUGCUUCUGUACUUGUUUUUUACCAAGAGGAGGGUCAUCCGGAGAGGUGAAAUUGAGAAGGACAUGGACACGAUUUCAUUCAACUCGUCGGGGGUAUUUCCGGAAAUUCCAAAGGAAACCAGCCUUGUCGUGCUUUUCCCUAGCAACAAGAGCAAGAUACAGGACCUUACCGUGGCUGAUAUACUGAAGGCCACGGACAAUUUCAACCAGUCAAACAUAAUCGGCUGUGGUGGGUUUGGAUUGGUGUUCAAAGCAACUCUAGCCGACGGCACAAAACUUGCGAUCAAGAAACUAUCAGGAGACAUGGGCUUGAUGGAGAGGGAAUUCAAGGCAGAGGUCGAGGCUCUAUCGACAGCUCAGCACAAGAACCUCGUCACACUGCAGGGCUACUGUCUGCAUGAUGGAUACAGAUUGCUAAUAUACUCUUACAUGGAGAACGGUAGCUUAGACUACUGGCUGCACGAGAAGCCUGAUGGGGCAGCCCAGCUCAACUGGCCCACCCGUUUGAAAAUCGCCCUAGGAACCAGCUGUGGGGUGGCUUACAUGCACCAGGUAUGUGAGCCCCACAUAGUCCACCGUGAUCUAAAGUCGAGCAACAUUCUUCUCGAUCACAAUUUCGAGGCCCACGUGGCGGAUUUCGGGCUCGCGAGGUUGAUUUCACCGUACCAUACACAUGUCACCACAGAAUUGGUGGGCACGCUCGGGUACAUCCCGCCCGAGUACAACCAGUCGUGGGUAGCUACUCUAAGAGGGGAUAUGUACAGUUUUGGAGUUGUUAUGCUCGAGCUGUUGACGGGAAAGAGGCCCGUCGAGCUUUUCAGGCCCAAGGCCUCGAGGGAACUGGUCGUGUGGGCACGGCAGAUGAAAAAUGAAGGGAGAGAAGAGGAGAUCUUUGAUCCUCUGUUGAGGGGGAAAGGGUUUGAGGAUGAGAUGGCCAAAGUGCUGGAUGUCGCCAUACGAUGUGUCGACCAGAACCCUUGCAAAAGGCCAGCUAUAAAAGAAGUCGUUGAUUGGCUCAGGAGUGUGGGAGCCAACCAAUAG